AUGUCCGAAAUCCUCGGGCGCUACCAGGAGCAACCGACAUGCCUCGACCCCCACCUGGAGCGCAUCAUAAGCCAGCUGAUGUCACUGGCACAGAGAUACGUCUACGCAUUCCACGACAGCCUGUCGGCCGGCUCAGCAGACGCGGUCAGCGCGCAGCGGAUGGGCGGCAUAUUCGGAUUAGUGUAUCUGCUGUGCAAGGUGCGUGGCUACAAGGUUGUGUUGCGGUUUUUCCCGCACGAGGUGGCCGACAUCGAGCCCGUGUUUGCGGCGCUGUGGUAUCACACGGCGAAGCCCGAUGGCAAAAGCUGGACGACGCGCUAUGUGCUGCUGAUCUGGCUGUCGCUGCGCUUGAUCCGGCACGUCGACUGUCUGAUGGAUAUACUCCACUCGGACGCCUUCGAGCAGCAUGCGCUGACCCGCAAGCUCAUUGCCAAGGACUGCCCAGCGACUGGCACUUGUGUACCUGCCAGGCGCAUCUGGUGCUCAGAUCACUGGUCCGGCACACACAGGCAGUCACUGCCAGGUCCGGCUGACGGGGACAGCGCUGGUGAUAUCGACGAGGAAGAGUGUGACGUAGAAAUACCCGAGCAGGUGGAGACGUUCGUGGGGAUUCUGCUCCAGAAGCUGCAUGACAAGGACACAAUCGUUCGGUGGUCGGCAGCCAAGGGCAUUGGCCGUAUUUCUGCUCGGCUGCCACCGGCGCUGGCACGCGAGAUUGCCUCGGCGGUUGCCGAUGUCAUGACGGAAGAGACGCUGGUGCAGGACGACGGCACUAUCGAUGUGUCCAUGACGUCCGAGUACUCGUGGCACGGUGCGCUGCUGUGCCUGGCCGAACUCGCGCGCCGCGGGCUGCUGUCCAGCCAGCUUCUACGGGAAGCGAUGCCGUGGGUCAUCAAGGGCCUCACAUACGAGAUCCAGCGCGGAGACUACUCGGUCGGAUCUAAUGUGCGCGAUGCAGCAUGCUACGUGAUGUGGUCGUUUGCGCGCAUCCAUGGCCAGGAGAGCCGAGCCGUGUUUGCGGACCUGCAGCUCAAAAUGGCGACAGUGCUGGUGUCAGUUGCUGUCUUUGACCGAGAGACGAAUGUCCGUCGUGCAGCGAGCGCUGCGUUCCAAGAACAUGUCGGUCGCCAUAGCUCGUUCCCACACGGGAUUUCAGUGCUGCAGCUUGCUGACUUCUUUGCCGUUGGCAACAUGCGCAAUGCAUUCACCGAUGCAAGCCGGAGGAUUGCCGAGUACGUAGAGUGCACGCCAGCCAGCCCACAGUCGGCGGAAACCACAGCAAUUCUAGAAGUAUAUGGCCAUAGUGAUGCGAUCUGCGUCAUCUAA